ACGGCGGAACCGCAGCCUGUGGAUGUGAGGGAGAGAGAGAGACUGCCGGUGUUUGUGUCAGUUUAAGUUGGGCGAGAUGCCGGUGGACAUUCAGGGGAUGAUGCACUUGGUGCAGCACAUCUCUGAGGUGGAGAAGAUGCACGUAGCCAUUAAGAACUCUGCCAGAGGAGCGCUGUUAGCCGGAGUCGUCACCUUUGCUGGUGGCCUGGUGGGAGGCCCGCCCGGGAUCGCAGUCGGGGGUGCGUUCGGUGGUCUGUUGGGGGCGUGGAUGACCAGCGGACAAUUUAAACCAGUGCCGCAGAUCCUGAUGGAGCUGCCACCAAACCAACAGCUGCUGCUUUCUAAUGACGUGAACAACAUUAUCCAGAACCUGGACUGGACCGAUGUUGUCCAGCUGACAUCGUUAGUGAUGGGAAACGCUGUCCUGAAGCAGCAGGUCGUGGCAACAAUCUGUAGUUUCUUCAUGAAUCAACUCAAUGCAGAGGUACAAUAUCAGGACUGAGACCAACUUGUGCUUCAAAUAUGGAUUGCAUUGCGUGGAUAGGUACAUGGUGUGUUGCCGACUGAAUCAAGGAUCUGUAGAGAAUGCUAGCUCGAUUAUUCUGCUGCAACUUUGGGCACUUCUGCUGUUUUCAAUAUUGGGGUCAUUUGGUGACGUGUGUGGCUCCAAGUCCAAUAUUCAGCACCAUUGAUUUAAAUGGAACUGAACAAUAAGUUAAGUAUUGAACUGGUGGCCAAUGCAAUAUUGUCCAUCAUAGCCCCAUCAUCCAGGAUCAAUAACCACCCCAAUAUAUCAGCUUCUGGAUUCAUUGUAUUUAUUUUAAUUGGUCAGUUGCCUUCUCUUGCCUUUUGAUUUGUUGAUCGUUAAUGAAUUGGAAAUGGACUGGGUUCACAAGAAGGGAACGAUCUGCUGAAGCGUUCAGGAAACUCAAGGAGAACUGGUUCUAUUUUUAAAAGGCU